AUGCAGUCUUCUGAGGUAUCAACCCAGCGAGGUGAGGCUGGCUCUACUGAUGCCCCCCUAAUCUACCUCCACCACCACCCCCCCUCCAAGGUCUUCUUUGAUCUGCGGAUUGGUGAGGAGGAUGUGGGCCGCGUCGUCAUUGGGCUCUUUGGCAAGACAGUGCCCAAGACAGUGGAGAACUUUGUGGCAUUGGCCACUGGAGAGAAAGGAUUCGGCUUCAAGGGCAGCAAGUUCCACCGUGUGAUCAAGGACUUCAUGAUCCAGGGAGGAGACUUCACCCGCGGAGAUGGCACUGGAGGAAAAAGCAUCUAUGGGGAUCGCUUCCCUGAUGAGAACUUCAAGCUGAAGCACUAUGGCCCUGGCUGGGUGAGCAUGGCCAAUGCCGGCAAGGACACGAACGGUUCCCAGUUCUUCAUAACCACGGUGAAGACGCCGUGGCUGGACGGCAAGCAUGUGGUGUUCGGCAAAGUGCUGGAGGGCAUGGACGUGGUGAGGAAGGUGGAGAACACAAAGACAGACAGCCGGGACAAACCCCUGAAGGACGUCGCCAUCGCUGACUGUGGCACCAUCGAGGUAGAGAAGCCAUUCGCCAUUGCCAAAGAGUAAUCCCCUCUCCCAGCCCCGCAACACCGUGUGGGGCCCUGCGCUCUGCAAGGGACACGAGGGCAAGGGGCUGCGGGCCUGGGGCUGCCCGGCUUCCCCUCCUGCGCGUCCCUGUUGGCACAGGGCGGGUGAGCAGCAGCAGAGCUGCUGCCCAGCCUACCCCUUCACCCAGCCAGCGGGCAGGACGGGGCACUGGCUCCUCUUCCCAUCACUUUUCUAAGAAGCACAUGCACCAAUAAA